AUGAGUUUUUAUCCAUAUACUGACAAUGGCGGGAGUGCAUUGGCGAUUGCAGGAGAAGAUUACUGUCUGUUAGCCUCUGAUACGCGACAAAGCGGAGAAGACUACAAGAUUCAUGCCGGUUAUGUUCCCAAGGCUUUUAAAUUAACAGACAGUUGUGUUUAUGCAGGUGUUGGCUUUUCAGCUGAUGGUGUAGCAUUGGUCAAAAGAGUUCGACAAAGCAUAGAGUGGUAUAGACAUGCUCACGAAAAGACAAUGUCUACGCCUGCACUCGCUCAAAUGAUUGCGACGGUAUUAUAUAGCAAACGAUUUUUCCCUUAUUAUGUUGGAACUAUAUUGGGUGGAUUGGAUGAAAAUGGUCGAGGAGUUGUAUACUCGUUUGACCCUGUAGGAUCGUUUGAAGCCGAACUACACAAAGCUGUCGGUUCAGGAGCCGAGCUCAUCCAACCAUUCUUGGAUAAUCAAGUUAAUCUCAAAUUCCUGCCUGAAGUUGAACGUACUCCGUUACCAUUAGAUGUGGCGCUCCAAAUUGCAAAGGAUGCAUUCACAUCCGCGGCAGAAAGAGAUACCAAGACCGGAGAUUAUCUUGAAAUAUUUAUUAUUGACAGAGAGGGAGUCAACGUUGAGAGAUUUGACUUGAAGAGAGACUAA